GAACAGGAAGUAUGUGUCGGCGAAAACCCGACCCACAUCUCAAAGUGACACAACGGUUACGGGCUAAAUCGCACAGGUCUUUUUAACAGCCGUUAAAAGACCCGUUCUUGCCAAUUUGCUGACGUAAAAGAUGGGCGAAUCCUUGGAGAGGACCACAGAGGGGCCCUUGAUGCCUCUUGCAGAGGAACCCGGCCGAGACGAGGAGGGAAACAGCCCGACGCGCUCCAGCGAGUUACGCUGGGAAGAUGAAGGUCUACCCAUGGAGCUGCAGAGAGGGAUGGAAACCCUACGAGUGAACAGGGAACUGACCGAUGUGGUCCUGUGUGUUCAGGGACAUGAGUUCCCUUGUCAUCGAGCCGUACUCGCCGCCGCCAGUCAGUACUUCAGGGCCAUGUUUUGCAGCGGCCUGAGGGAGAGUCGUGAGAAGCAUGUGGAAAUAAAGGGCUUGGACAGUGGCACGAUGAGCUUUCUCCUGGAGUACACCUACACCAGUCGAGCCCUCCUUACAAACUCAAAUGUCCAGAGAAUACUGGAGGCUGCCAGUCAGUUUCAGUUCCUGCGCGUGGUGGAUGCAUGUGCCGGCUUCCUGACCAAGUCUCUGAACCUGGACAGUUGCAUCGGCAUCCUGAAUCUGGCCGAAAGCCACGCCCUGCCGGCGUUGACCAGCGGCGUUCGAGACUACAUCACCGCCCAGUUCUCCCAGGUGGUCCAGCAGCAGGACUUCCUGGAGGUGCCGGGGGAGUCGCUGGAGGCCGUCCUCCAGAGGGACGACCUCGAUGUGAAGUGCGAGGAGCGCGUUUUCGAAGCCCUAAUGCGCUGGGUCAGAGCCCGGCAGGAGGAGCGCUGUCCUUCGCUGGCCAGGUUACUUUCAUUUGUGCGACUGCCACUGUUGGAGCCUGCUUACUUUGUGGAAAAGGUGGAGUCAGACGAGUUGAUUCGACGCUGCAGCGAGGCGUUUCCUCUGCUGCAAGAGGCCCGCCACUAUCACCUCACCGGCAGGGAGGUGGUCUCUGAGCGAACAAAACCCCGCGUGCAGCACUUUCUGUCAGAGGUGUUCCUGAUCAUCGGAGGCUGCACUAAGGAAGAGCGCUUCGUCUCCACCGUCACCUGCCUGGACCCUCUCAGACGCAGCAGGCUGGAGGUUGCCCGCCUGCCAAUCACAGAGAUGGAGGAUGAAUCCCAAAACAGGAAAUGGGUGGAGUUUGCCUGCAUCACCUUCCGCAAUGAAGUUUAUAUAUCUGGAGGUAAAGAGACACAGCAUGAUGUUUGGAAAUAUAAUGGGGCCCUGGACAAGUGGAUCCGAAUUGAGUCCCUGACGACUGGCCGCUGGCGACACAAGAUGGCCGUUUGUGGGGGAAAGGUGUAUGCACUGGGUGGAUUUGAUGGAGUUCACAGACUCAAUAGCGUAGAGGCCUACGAUCCCUUCCACAAUCGCUGGAUGAAGGUGACACCUCUCGCAGUAGGUGUGAGCUCAUUUGCUGCUGCAAGUUUUGACAGAUGGAUCUAUGUGAUUGGUGGCGGGCCGAACGGAAAGCUGGCAACAGAUCAGGUUCAGUGUUGGCAACCGGGGACAGACAGCUGGGAACUGCGGACCCCCAUUCCCAUCGAAACCAAGUGCACUAAUGCGGUCACCUUCAAGGACUGCAUCUACAUAGUGGGCGGCGCCAUGCAUGCCAUGUACUGCUACUCGCCCCUGUCAGACUCCUGGACCCUCGUGACCCGUCCAGGCGAGAGGGCGAGCUGCGCCAUCGCUGCCUGCAACAACAAAAUCUUCAUCACGGGAGGACGGGAUGACAAAAACCAAGUUAUCUCCACGGUGAUGUGCUGGGACUCCACCAAAGGGGUGCUGACGGAGGAGUGUGUUUUACCGAUGGGAGUGUCCCACCACGGCAGUGUGACACUCAUGAAGUCCUACACACACAUACACAGAAUAACACCUGCUUCAGAGGGCCAAUGACAUCGCCUCUUGUGAACAGCACCGGGAGGGUGCCAAUUUUUUUGCAUGCGUUGCUAUGUACAUUUUAUUGUCAUUUUUUGCAGCUUUAAGCGCGUCACUAUUUUAUACGAUGAAAAUGUUAUGUAAUUAAUUGCUAAAGCGGACUUUAGAAAUACGUGUUUCAUGGCUUUCAGUUCACACAAAGCUUGCUGAGGUUGAUAAAAUGAACAUAUGCAUAUUGUAAUAUCGCCUCAAGGACUUUUUUGGGAACCUUACAAAGCGCUUGCACUUUUCUUAAAAUGUUUUUGAUAAUGUUUUACACACGAACACACAAUCACACAUGAAUGUUUUUCCAUUACUUCAAUCAUUUCCAGAAGACACAUUCUAACAAUAACCAUAACUGCUAUUGGCCUAAUACAAACCCUCAAACAAGAUGAAUAAUGGUGAUGAAUCAUACUAACUUGUCAAAAAAAGCACUGAAAGUAGUUUAAUAAAUGAAAGACAUGAAUAGUUGGCAGCCUGCUUAACCAGGUAGACCCGUUCCUCAAAUCCCUCAAACAUUUCUACCGGAAAAGAAUUUCUCUCCGGCACAUAAGAAUAGAAAACCACUCACACGUCAAUCAAACGGACAAGCUUCCUGUAAAUUUUCAAAAUAAAAUGCACUAACAUAAAGUCGUAACAAAGUUACAAAGGUCAGUAAAAUCAUAAAAAUAAAAUAACGUUCAUUAGAAACGGACUUUUUCGUCACCUCAAUGCUGAAGUUGAUGAAAUAAGGAUAUAAUGUGUUAUUGUAUUCAUGUACAAAUUCUAAAGUUAUUACCACACCUGCUGUGGAUGUGUGGCCAUAAAGGGUAUUUUAUUAUGGAAAAGGGAAGUCAUAAAGUCAUUUCAUCCUUCAGCUUACCUGCAGCUCCCAACGACUCGUGUAGGAGCACCUGGACGUGAACAGUCGUCUCAGCCUGUUAAACCUGCUCGUAGAUAAUAAUCUGUGGACUUUACCCUGUCGAGAAGGAAGGUCGUCCACUUUAUUCACCCGUUUCACCUGAAUCAUUAACACCUGCUACGAAGUGAAAGUAAAUGUAAAACGCGGCUGCACAAGAGAUCUUUUUGUGCAUUUCUUCCGAAAUGGCUGCCUGGUAUUUUCUCAUCUGUUUCCUCGCCAUUCCCUCGUGCCUGGGUGAGUUUACGCGUCGGUGAUACUAAAGGUUUAUACUUUUGAAAAGUAGUUUUUCAGUCCUAUGACUUCUUCUGGUAUGAAUCUAAUAUCCUUCUGAAAACAAUCCACUUGGAAUGCAGUGAUAGUCUGAGGACCAGGAGAAUACCUGAUACACCUGAUCCUUUGACUACACACCUGUAGUUACACCUGUACACCUGUGCUGUAAAAUGAUCAUUCUGUUGAGAUUAUAUGAAGGUUGCAGUUUGUGUGCUUUUAUGUUGGAUUGAAUUAUCAUUAAAGUUCUGACAAAAUAA